CGAAUUAGUUUACACGCAUAGCAACGGCAAAAUGGCUGAUAACCCAUCAGGUUCCCGCCCGUCACAACGUUUUUCUGCUUCAAAAGCCCAGGAAAAGUUUGAUGGGGAACUGUCAGUACUUUCCGAUAGUGAUGUAGGCGGUGAUGAAGUUAGACCUGAGUCGGAAAGCAGCGACAGCGAUGAGAAUGAAGACUCGCAAAGAGGGGCGUAUGUGCUGCGUUUUUUUUCUCUUUUUUUCAUUGUGAGUGAUUUCACCAAAAGUGCGACAACUUUGUGUAUACUUGACCAUUGUGCAUGAAACUUGGCCCAGUUAGAGACAAUUGGAUAUACUUCAGUAUGACCAAGUCAUGAAGUGAUUGGAUUUAGCAGCUAUACACUGUGAGAAAUGUUCUAUGAGACAAACAACAUGAGCUCUCAGUCUCAGAGUCCUCAAGUACUUGUUGGCGAGAAUUCUCCAGCCAAGUUAGAUGACUCAGAAGCAGCUGCUGUUAUUCCGUCAGAGGAAGCUGCAUGUGCAAGCUUUUUUGAUGGGACUGCCACAGAUGCGUGCCUAGGCAGAUGCUCAUCUCCGGCAGCAAGUAACACAUCCAAUGAGGAAUCUGUGGACAAUUUCUCUGCAGCUGUUGAUCCCAGCAAAGUCAUCACUGAUGAAAUGCUGGAGGAAGAGAAGAGGCUGUAUUCAAAUGGAGUCAAAGAAGAAGAGAAAAGACAAGAGGAAAAUGAAAAGCUUCUAGAUGAAAUAACUGACGAUUCUCGUGAGAAGCGGUAUGAACGUCUGAAGUAUCUCCUAAGCAAAAGUACCCUGUACACAGAGUACCUGGUUGGACGUAUCAAAAAACAAAAGGAGGAGGAGGAAAAACGAAGGGAGAAGAUACUGAAAAGGAAACAGAAAAAGGAAGAGGAAAAGGCGAAGCUACAGGCAGAACAAUCAAAACAGGCUGAAGGUGCAAGUCCUAAGUCUACAAGAGCAGGAAAGAGGAAGCAAGAUGUUGUUGAAAAUGAAUCGCCAUCUUCAAACCCUAAGAACAAAAGACAGAAGAAAUCUGGAAGUUCAACCCCUCAGAUGAAAUCGCCAGAUGGUUCUGAAAAGGAGCAGCAAGAAGACCCAGAAAGCCCAGUCCAGUCUGCUGAGUCAGGAGACUCUAAAGAAGAGAUGGACGAAGAACCACAGCUCUUAGAGAAAGCUUCAACGUUUGGAGUUCUAGAGGAAGAAGGAAAUGAAGUGAGAAAAAUCAAUGGAGAGUUGGUCCCUUUCCUCCAGCCCAAGCUCAUGGAGGGAGGCGUGCUGAGACAGUACCAGGUGGAGGGCUAUAGCUGGCUCAAGGUUUUGUACGAGAAUGGUGUCAACGGCAUCCUAGCUGAUGAGAUGGGUCUGGGUAAAACUGUCCAGUGUGUGGCCAUCUUGUCUCACUUGGUGUACAUGGGCAUCCCUGGACCCUUCCUGGUGUGUGCACCACUCUCUACCAUUCCAAACUGGUUUGCAGAGUUCCAGAGGUUUGCACCAAAGGUACCGACAGUCCUUUAUCAUGGAGACAAGGACAGACGGGCUCACCUGUGCAAGCGGAUCUUCCGCAAACACGAAGUGCGAGAGGGAGUCAAGGUGCAGCCUGUGGUCAUCACAUCCUACGAGAUCGCCAUGAUCGAUCGCAAGUACCUGAGCAACCACGAAUGGAAAUAUCUCAUCGUCGACGAAGGACACAGGAUCAAAAAUACUCACUGCAGACUCAUAAGAGAACUCCGAAUGUACCGCUCCACCCAUCGACUGCUGCUGACUGGCACACCCUUGCAGAAUAGUCUGGCUGAGUUAUGGUCACUCUUAAAUUUCCUUCUGCCAGAGAUUUUUGAUGACCUAGGAAGUUUUGAGGCCUGGUUUGAUGUCCGAUGCAUGAAUGACGCAGACUCCGACGAGCGAAUUGUGCGUCAGGAACAGGGAGCAAAUAUCCUGGGCAUGCUGCACCAGAUCCUGUCGCCAUUUAUGCUGAGGCGCCUCAAGUCUGAUGUGGACCUGUGCAUACCCCCAAAGAAAGAAGUCCUGGUGUAUGCUCCCCUCACCCCAGAGCAGAAAGAGUACUAUGAAGCUCUGGUCAACCGCACCAUCUUCAGUAUGAUUGAAGAAAAGAAUAAAGUUGAGGAGAAGGUGGAACUGACUGCCACAGGGCGACCCAAGAGAAGGUCAUCCAAGAAGAUCGACUACAAUAUGAUGAUGGAGUCGGAUGCUGACAAAAAGAGGAAUGAAAGAGAAGACAAAGGAGAAGGACGCAGGCGUUGGAAGCGUCUAGAAGAGGAAGAAUUGGAUCUAGAAUGCUGGGUGCAGGCCGUGUGUGACCAGAGGAACUCAGACUCGGAUAGCAGUCGGUCCGGGAAGCAGAAGACGUCGCAGGUGACCAUCAAGAUGCGCAGUGUGAUGAUGCAGCUGCGAAAGUGUUGCAACCACCCUUAUCUUUUGGAGCACCCCCUGGACCCAUCGACCGGAGACCUGGCAUUGACCGAGGGCGUGGUCAAGACCUCGGGCAAAAUGCUUGUGCUUGAUAAGAUGCUGAAAGAACUGAAGAAAAGGGGUCACAGGGUGCUCAUCUUUAGUCAAAUGACUCGUAUGCUGGACCUGAUUGAAGACUUCUGCCAACUGCGCGGUUACGGGUUCUGCAGGCUUGAUGGGAGCACAAAUGUUGAUGACCGUCGUGACAGUAUGAAUGUUUUCAAUGGAAGUGGCUCAGAAGAGAAAUUUCUGUUUCUCCUGAGCACACGAGCUGGUGGUCUGGGCAUCAACCUUACAGGAGCUGACACAGUGAUUAUAUACGACAGUGACUGGAACCCCCAGUGUGACCUGCAAGCCCAGGACCGGUGUCACAGGAUUGGUCAGACCAAGCCCGUUGUUGUCUACCGCUUUGUCACUGCAAACACCAUCGACCAGAAGAUCAUUGAAAGGGCUGCAGCGAAAAGGAAGCUGGAGAAGAUGAUCAUUCACAAAGGCAAGUUCAAGAGCGGCAACUUCAUGACAAAAGCCAAGCCGAUCAGCCCUGAGGAGCUCCGGGACUUGUUGAAGUCUAAGGACCAUGAGCGGGAGGUCAGCAGUGGAAACUUCACCAUCAGCCAGGCGGAGAUGAACUCUUUGCUUGACCGCUCAGACUUGUAUGCAAAAUGGGCCGAAGUGAGAGGUGAGAAACCUGAUGUGGCCAAAGAGAAGACAUCAAGCCCCUCCACAGGAAGGACUUCCAAAUCAAAGAAAUGUCAAAGUGAGCAGGCAAAGUCUUCGAAGUCACCAGAGGAGUCGGGUCUUUUCAAAGUGGUGGAGGUGGAAGAAGAGGAAGGCAGCAGUGGGGCUGGGAAUGACGCUGGUUCCAGUUGUAGUAACGAUGUCAAGUUACAGGAAUGAAUGCAAGCGAAAGAUUGCCUGAGAGGGAAAAAAAACUACACACAAUGAAUGUCUUUCCUUGGGCUAAAGGUCGCUUGUGGUUGCUGUGUCACCACUUUGGGCAUCAUUCCAUUUCUGACAUGUCGGAACUCUCCGAAUAUUUUGUGGUCGGUAAAAUGUUGAAUCUUUUGAAAUCCAGUCGUUUUUGCCAGUACUUCUGAAUUGUUUUCUAAGUGCAAAGGGACAGCUGAAGUAGCAUGAAGGCGCUUGUUGGUGGAAUAAUGUGGUGUUGUGAAGUGGGUGGGGUCUCCUGUAGCAUUUUUACACACUGGUUCCUUCCCCCCCCCUCUCAAAUGCUUUUUUGUUGACCUUGGUGAUCAGCUAUAGUUAUGAAGGAUUUUAUGUAUGACGGUGAAACUUAUGUUCCAUGCCAGCUAUUUCAGUCUCACAAGCUGCUUUGACUUUGACGGUUUUGCUUUGCUUGAUUAAAGUUGCUUGAGCAAGCCCCAUAACUUCAUCUUGUAGUUCUUGUGACUGCUUUGUAUUACAGUACUUUAGAACUGAUUCCAAGGUCCCUGUAAUGUUUAUGUAAGUGAUCUAUAUUUUGUCUAAUGAAACAUCCUUUUGGUGGUAAAUGGACUAUAAGUUCAUCCCUGAAAUGACUCAAAAGUCAACUGCUUUGUUGUCUCUUUCCACAUGAUUCUCACGUGGCCCUCACUGUUGUAAUAUGUGCCCUAUUGGGUGAAAAUGUCUAAUUUGUCAUUUAGUUCGAUGGAAAAAAAUGCGCUUAUCAUACUAUUCUUCGAAUUAAAAUAUUAGUAUCUAACAAAACUGUUGUGUGGACAAAUUUGGAAAAGACAAAAGUUUUAGAGCUUUAUAGUUUUUGUCAAGUUGACCAUUCUCUAUAUUUGUGUGUUCAGCAAAUAGAAAGCUACUGGUACGGAAAUAAGGAUAGAAAUAUGAGAGCAUUUUCACUUUAAAUCGAGUAGUAUAAAAAUUUUUUUUUUUUUACCCAGGUUCACAUACACAAAGUUUUUUCCCCCUUUCUAACAGUGUAGCUGGAUGUGCUGCUGAGCCGUCAUAGUUUGUUUGCCACACCAGUGCUGCCAUGUUUUUAUAUCACUGCACGCCGCUGAUUAUGAUAAUUUUAUGAUCAAACAAUGCUCACCACAAAUGUGUUCCAUCUUAACUUUUUUAAAUUUACAAGUUUGUGCGUUUAUUAGUUGCCAAUCCAACUGCCAUUGGUUGUUGAUAUACUGUUGAUGUUGUAGUCACUGGUAUUGCCUUGAGAGUAUCGUUUUGGGUUGUUU